GACAACCAAGUUAUUGAUAUCUUAAUCAUAGCCAUCAAUUUCCAUCUUUACUCUGUUAUUGUUUUAUUCAAAUAGCCAUUCCUGAAUUAUCAUCUGGCAGUACGAGUACUAGUUACUAUGCGCAUCUUCCAACAUAACAGCAUCGUAUUCAUACUUCGCUGACAUUUGGCCAAUAAUCUGAUCCUAAUCGAGGACAACGUCGAAGAUGUCUGCCAAGGCGUGUAUACUGAAGUUCACGCCCAGCCACUUGAAGUGGCGUGAGAUCUGCGAAGAUAGUUGGCUGUGCAGUCAGCCCGACUUCUUAGCUUGAUUCCCCUCUGGCGGGAUCGCAACAUCGUCUUUCCUUAUCACCCUGUUCAAUCUGUGAAUAUCGCAACCGCUAGAUCUGACCUGUCGAUUCAUACGUUCAGACACGAAUCUCCACCGAGAUGGCGGACCCAGACGCACCGAAGAGAGCCCGGGAGGUCAGCAGCGAAGAGAAUACCGGCAAUAAGAAGAGGAGACUGGACCGAUCCUCGCUGAAGAGACUGGCUCAUAAUGACUACACCGUGGGAUGGGUUUGCGCACUGACGAAGGAGCAAACUGCGGCAACGGCAAUGUUGGACGAAAGACACGAUAACCUUCCCAAGCCAUCAAGCGACCAUAACACGUACACGCUUGGAUCCAUUGGUGACCACAAUGUCGUUAUUGCCUGUCUGCCUAAAGGCACAAUCGGCACCAAUGCAGCGGCGGCCGUCGCAGCUUCCAUGAUCGGCACUUUCCCGUCGAUAAGAAUCGGUCUUAUGGUUGGUAUCGGCGGCGGGAUUUCUCCCAAGGUUAAACUUGGCGACGUUGUGGUUAGCACACCGGGAGACCAGUACACAGGGGUGGUCCAAUGAGAUCUCGGCAAGGCAGAAAAUGACGGUGGUUUCAAACGAACCGGGGCUUUGAACAGACCGCCCAACGCUUUACUUACGGCAUUGACGAAGCUAGAGAGCAAGCAUGAGCUCGAUGGAUUAGACAUAAACCAGUGCCUGGAGGAUCUGAGAAGGAAUUAUCCGCGCUUGGCAAAGCAUACCAGACACGAGUAUGGCCUAACUCCGUUGUCAUGGGCUGCGGCGAACGGUCACGAGCUUACAGUCGGGCUCUUGCUAGAGCGCGGGGCUAAUCCGAACCACGGGGAUAUAAGUAAUAACACUCCCUUGUUCUAUGCAG